AUGAAAUGUACCUGCAAGGUCCAAGCCUACCUGGAUAUCUGCUGCGCUAAAGGCGUGCUCAGUCGCGCUUAUGCUUCAAUAUGCACAAACGUCAAAGAUGAAGGGACGUAUUUACUGGAGUUUAUUCUCUAUCACCACUGGAUUGGGUUCAAUAAGAUAUACGUGAUGGACUACAACAGCAGCCGGCCGUUGUUCAACUUGCGGAUGCUGAUGCCAUUUAUUAAGACCGGGCUUGUUGAAUAUCAUUACGAUGGCGAUCCCAAGCAUCACUCUCGCGAGCGGGGCCGCCUGUUCGCAGAGUACAGUCAGGGCACGGCAUUCCAGCGAUGCAUUGACUUUGCGCACCGCGACCAUGUCUGGAUGGCUUUCAUCGACGCGGACGAAUACAUCAUACUUCGCGAUUACAAGGAAGACAGGCCAAAUAUCACGGCGUUCCUGCAAAACUACGAGAAGUACCCCGGGCUGGCUGUCAACAUGCGCGUGUUCGGCAGCAGUGGCCAUAUCAAGCGCCCGGAUACCGGCACACUGGAGGCGUAUACAAAGUGCACGCCGCCAUCGGCCUAUGACAACCGCCACAUAAAAACGAUCGGGCGGCUCUCCCAAGUACUCAGCAUUGGCGGUAACCCGCAUGAGUUCCGAUACUUUAACGCGGCCGCAGCCGCGGUCAACGAACACGGUGUUCCUAUACAGGGCCCUAUGUCGCUGCCGGUAUCGUGGGACAAAAUAGCUCUACACCACUACGUGACACGGUCGCUGUCGGAAUUCGUGUUCAAGAUGCAACGCGGGCCCGGGGGAUCCCAAAACCGACGAACCAUGGACUGGUUCAAGGCAUACGAUGGUAAUGCCACGGAGGUCUGCACGGAGGGGGUUGACUUGUGGCGUGCCUGUUGUGCCAACCAGUACGCCUCCAUGCUCGGAGCCCUGCGGCGGUUUACUAAACGCGGCGGGAGACGGGUCGCCGGCGGAACGUAG